CCUGCCCUUCCCAGCUGUUCAGCGCCCGCCACAUGCUGCGGCCGGCGCUGGGCGUUCUGGCUCUGGGCUGGGCGGUCGCCUGGCUGGCAUCCCGCGGCUUCGCUCCCUGGUGGUGGCUGGGGCAGAAUUGCAGCGGGGAGAUAGUCCUAACUGCCACCGAGCUAAGCCGCUACACGGGCACCGAGGGAAGCCCGGGACUUUACCUGGCCGUGUUGGGACAGGUGUUCGACGUGCAGCAAGGGCGCAGGCAUUACGGCCCAGGAGGCGCUUAUGGCUUCUUCUCAGGGAAAGAUGCCUCCAGAGCUUUUGCCACAGGUGACUUCACCCCAGCUGGCCUCGUGGAUGAUGUUUCAGGAUUGUUACCACCACAAAUGCUGGCCAUCCAGAACUGGCUUUCCUUCUACUGUAAGAAUUACGUGCAUAUUGGCAAAGUAGCUGGACGAUUUUACCAAGAAAAUGGGGAACCUACGAAGGUUUUGAAGGAGGCCCAAGCGCUCAUCGAAGAAGGGGAGAAGCUGAAGGCCCAGGAGGCUGAGCGAAAGAACCAGUUUCCACCUUGUAACUCUGAAUGGAGCUCAGCUGGAGGAAGCAGGGUCUGGUGCUCCAAGCAGAGUGGGGGCAUCAGCCGAGAAUGGUCCGGUGUACCUAGGAAGCUCUAUGAACCUGGAUCCAGUCGUAGUCAUUGCAUUUGCAUAAAGACAGAAGAGCUGUUUUCUGGGCAAGAGAAAUCUACCCAGCUAAGCAAGCAAGGAAAGUUGAACAAUCCUAACCUCCAGGAAUACGAAGGGUGUCACCCACUUUCUGAAUGGUGUGCUUUGAAAGAAUGACUCAGCCGUAUUUCACUGGAGAUUAAACACUUCUACACAAUCCAGGCAUUAAAGGAAGCCAAGGAAACUUUAACUAUGUAUUUUGACACACUGUCCUUACCUAAAAUUUCAAUUUGAAAUUAAAAAUAGCUCUUUAAAAAUACGGGUUUGUAAAACAUAAGGUUAAAAAAUAGGAAUUGGGAAGAGUGCUUUAAACGUGUUUAAAACCAUGGAAGUUGAUGACAUGCUUCUCUACACAGAGGAUUCUAGCAAUGAAGGAAGAAAGAGAGUCAUUGGCCCUGAAGAAUGGAGGUGUAAAAUGGACUCCCAGCACCUGCUUCAUAGGUCAUUGAUACCAGCAUGAACUGGAAGCAUACAUGUAGAUCACGAUUUGUGACUGAUUGCUUGCAGUUACUAUAGACCUAUCUUGGGCCUAGGGCAAGUGAGAUUUGGGCGCUCCGCAGUUGGGCAAUAUUUAUGGCCAUUUGCCAUGUCCUAUGGUCACCUGACCACUUGUAAUUGAUUUUCUAACUCAUAUAAAAUGGCUGUAUUGAUAAUAACAAAAAGACAAAAAUAAAGGUUUUUCCUAUCCAGUUAUGUCCAAUUCUAGGAGUGCUGCUUAUCUUCAUUUCUUAACCAAGGGAGCCAGCUUUAUCUGAAGAUGCUUCUGUGGUCAGCAUGACUAUAUGCCGAGGCUCAUGGAACUGUUAUGUUCCCAUUAAAAUGGUAUCUUAUUUACUUCCAUUUGCAUGCUUUCAAACUGCUAGCUUGACAGGAGCUGAAGCAAGUAAUGGGAGCUCAUCCCACUGCAUGGGGUUCAUUCCUGAAUGGGCUUUCAGCUGACAAGCUCAGUCUUUUAACUGCUGAGUUAUCCUGCCUCUUAUUUUGAUACAACGCCCAAGGCUAAAAUAUUGGAUCUGCACAACGCAUGAGUUCUGAACUGAUCGUUUUAUAAACCAUAUUUAAGAAAUAACUGGAUUCACUCUAAAGGGGCUGCGAUGACUCAGUGGUUAAAGGCGCUGAGCUUGUUAGCUGGAAAGCUGACGGCCUGAGUUCACUGCGUAACAAAGUGAGCUCCUGUUAUUUGUCCCAGCUCCUGCCCACCUAACAGUUUGAAAGCAUGCAAAUGUGAAUAGAUAAACAGCAUCCCGUGUCCCUAAACAUACAGUAUAGCCAGUGUUGGCCAUGUGACCACAGAAAUGUCUUUGUACAAUCCUGGCUCCCUUGGUAAGAAAUCGACAUGAGCUAGAGUUGGACACAACUGGACAGGGGAAACAUUUACCGUUAUCUUUAGAUUAACCCUGCUAAAUUAUGCUUUGUUAGAUAACUUAAAGAGUUCUUGCUGCUCUUCAGUAAACAUGCCCGUUGAACUCCCACUUGAUGCGUUGUAUUGUUUCCCAUCUGGCUUAAUUUACUACUUCAGGUUAUGGUUUGUAUUAACCCAUCAGAUAAACUUCUUAUUAUCUUGAGCAAACUGUAAUAUCAACACAUCUGGAAGUUUGGUGAAGUGAAAUAUUUUUUUAAAAAAAAUUCUGGAUGAAAUUGGGCAUCACUUGUGUCAGUAUUCAGUUUGUAGCAAUAUACAGUUCUUUUGCUUGACUUCUGUAGCCAAGAACGUACUGGUGUCCAAUUCAAUUAAAUUGCUUUAUUAGAAGAAAUUACAAGUUGGCAUAUAAAUAUUAGAAAAAUACAUUGCUUUACAGGGCUUUUGAAGGAAAGAUUAUAGUUGGGAAAAAAAACGAUUAAGACUUUGUUUCUCAAACUAAGAACAGCUGAAAAACAGGCCAUAUUACUUGCAGAUGUUUAGUUUCCUGCUAUGAAAAUGGUAUUAGCGGUGUGUUGAAUGCAGUAAUCCCAGUCUGGUAGGGACAAGGCUACAGGACUAUAGUUUUGUACUGUCAAUCCAUAGGGACUGACAAAAAAAGUAUAGGCAAAACUUAUUUAAUGCAAUACAGACACUUCAAUUUUAAAACAAAGUAGCAUGUUUGCAAAUAGCUACUGUCUAUUGGACAUCAUAAGCUUAAUUACCUGAUGUUGUGAUAUCUAGGUUCAGUACCUGAGUUGCUAUGUGGGAGAACCAAUGGUAGAAAAGUUUCCUCUUCCGCUAAUGUCCCUCUGACUUGAAUACAAGACUUCACAACCACUCUUUCAUAAGCCAAGCAGUUAUCCUUUCCCAAACACAGAUUAGUCCUUUUAAUAAUCUGCACUGUAAACAGCUUAGUCCUACCAUAAAACUCCUGGCUAGGCAGCUUCAGACAAGGCUUUACAUUACAAACAAGCACAAACUCCUAGAGAGAUCGUGAGUUACCUCUAUAGGUUGGUUCAUACAACUUUUUUUUUUUAACACGCUAGGAAAUGAGCAAAGAAAAAUCAAUUUUCAGGAUCUUAGGCUGAGAGCUAAUCAAGAAGCAGGUCAGUGCUCUCAGAAGACUGAAAAAGCAAACUCAUUUGACAAAAAUGAAAUUUCCAGGCUAUGCCUGCAUUCCACAGAUUUAAAUUAUAUCAAGUUGGUCUUACAUGUUUUCAAGCUAGAGCUACCUUUUUAUGGCACAUGGUGACCAUUCAGAAAAAGGCAAGGGGAGGGGAUGGAGAGCAGGUUGCAGUUUAAGAGGUCUGAGAUAGGAUGAACUGGCUGCAGAGGACUGCUGAACAAUGUCUACAAAACAACAGUAGAUUUGGUGUCCAAAACUAUUCACAUAUGAAACAUGCAAACUAUUUCCGUGCUCAUAUGCUGGAUUAUACAGUAAGUACUGUCACAAAUUAUAAAACUGGAGCACAAAACUUUUCAUGUGCUUGAAAGUACAGAAUGAGCAGUAUGGGGAAACUGACCAAUGAGAGAAGUUGUGCAGAAGGGAGGGAUGGGAGAAAGGGAUCUAAAUGUGGUCGCUGAGGUUUAAGAAUGUUAAAACUAAGACCAUGAAGAAUCAGAUUACUUUUGAAGGGGAAAAUCCAAGGACAUGUGGCAGUAUGAAAACUAGCAAUAGGCAUACCUUGUUUCCCCGAAAAUAAGACAGGGUCUUGUUUUCUUUUGACUCCCAAAAUAAGCGCUUGGUCUUAUUUUCGG